AUGCAACACAUUGACGAAAAGCAACUGUAUACCAAUGACAAGUAUCGUUUCGAGUACGUGGCUGCUUACAUGGGCUUUGGCGAGAAAGACAUGCAAGCUAUCCAAGGGGUUGCUGAAAAGAUGCGUCCUGCUGUUCCUGCACUUGUCGAUGCUGUUUACAAGAAGCAAUUUGAAUUCGAUAUUACAAAAAAGCACUUUUUACCCAAGAAUGAAGGUUUUGAAGGUGAACUUGCCAACAGUCUUGAUGAAUUGACUCUGGAUCAUCCGCAAAUCAAGUUUCGUAAAGACUUUUUGGGCAAGUACUUGAUUCGUAUUCUGAAGGGUCCCUAUGACGACCGUUUCCUCAAGUAUCUUGAUUGGGUUGCCAAGAUCCAUCUUGACACUCCUGAAAAGAAGUCCAAGAUCAAUGUUGACUACAUUCAUAUCAAUGCUCUGAUGGGGUUUGUCGAGUCUGCUAUCAUUGAUACUGUUCGUACUUUGGGUUUGGAGCGUGAUGAGGAGGGUGCUGUAUUGAGCGCAUUCAACAAGCUGAUGUGGAUUCAAAACGACUACUUUGCCAAGUUUUACAUGAACCCCUAUUUCAAUGAUCUUAUGGAGAAGAAAUACAAGGCUGAAGCUGAACAAGAGUGCCAAGUUACAAAGGCUGGUGGUUUCUUUGCUGAAUUGAACCUUAUCUCCAUCAUCAUUGGUGUCUUUGCUGGAAGUCUGGGUUUCUGGAUGUCUGCUAAUAGACACUAA